AGGAAAGAACCUCAUAAUGCAUUUCCAAAGCUGUGCUUUGUGACUGUGGGUGCCACAGCCCCCUUCCGUGAGCUCGUCCUGGCAGUGCUUGCGGAGUCUUUUGUCGAGAGGCUCUCCAAGUCUGGAUUCACUCACCUCACCGUCCAAUAUGGACGUGACGAAUUUGAGGAAUUUGAGGAGCUUGUAGCCAAUCUUCAAUCCUUACCUCAUGGCAUCACCAUCGAGGCGUUCGAUUUUAAAGACGAUUUGGGUCCCUUUAUACGCUUGGCCAUGACAGGAGCAAAGGUAAAGCGCCAGGCAAAACAGCAUUGUGACCCAUUCCCUGGUCUUAUGAUAACCCAUGCUGGUACCGGGUCAAUCUUGGAGGGUCUGCGGAGUGGUGUGCCACUUAUCAUUGUCCCAAAUUCCAAACUCGCAGGCAAUCACCAGGAAGACGUGGCGGCUCAAAUGGAAAAGCUUGGAUAUGGCAUUGCGAGUGCUCCGGACAAAAUUGAGCAUGCUUUUGGCAGAGCCGUUGUCCAGCGUGCUCACAGAUUUUCACCGACCAAGUCUAUGGAUCAGCAUUUCAUGAAUCGCUCCCUGGGCGAUCAACUCUCGUUUGUUGACUAG